CCCCCAUCCAUAAUUCUGUUAUCUUUUUCUCUCUCUCCUCCUUUUCCUCUUUUAUCCUUUUGCCUCUUCGGUGCCUGUUUUUUCAACUCAACAGAAUUCCUCUCUCGAAUUUCCCCCCCAACUCUUGUUGUCACUUUGGAGAAUCGGGAAGGUCCUCUCUCAGAUUCGUACAAAAACAAAUUUCGCGUGCUACUCUUGGCGGCAAAUGGUGAUGAUGUCGUCGUCCAUGGAGGAAUCCUGCUCCCGUGCUCUCCUUCUCUCCAUGGCUCGCGUUUCCCUCUCUGUCGCCGUACGAACGAGACGGUCCCCGACCAUGAAUUCUCGGAUACCCCUGCCUCAACGAAUACCUACGCCUAGCGCCUGCUGAAAAUCUUCUGGUUCGCUCGUUGUUGCUCUUCGUCUUCUUACGCUUGAAUUUCGCUUUCGUUGUUUUUCACUCUGUUCGGGAUCGUUGAAUUUGAGAAAUAGUUAGGGUUUCGGAACCGAUAAUUUCUGGCUGACCGGAGGAAAACAUUGGUUGAUUGGUGGAAUUCCGUGUUUCCUUGGUUUCUACUUGGAGAUUGAUGAACUCUUAGGGUUGUUGAAGUCGUUUCUCCGCUGUGGUCUGCCGUUCAGAACGCUGAAUAUCAAUUUGUUCUGAGUUGUUGAUAUUAUUACGUAGUUACUUUUAGAGUCCGAGUUUCCUACAAGGUAGAAGUUGAAUUUGGGCGCUAGGGAGUUAGGGAGGCGUCGGAGAGAGGAGCCAGGUUUCUUCUGCAUGGCUGGAAGGUGGGAAGUGGGGUUGCCAAAGAGUGGCGCAUGUAAUUUGAAGGACCAGCUGGUGAAAGCCACUCUUCAGAGAGUGAGGUCACAGGGACACCCCUAUGUGGAGCUUCGUGCAGACGGGAAGCGAUACAUAUUCUUCUGCACCCUGUGUCUCGCACCGUGCUAUAGUGAUUCGGUGUUGCUUGAUCACUUGAAGGGACAUCUUCACAUGGAAAGGUUGUCUGCUGCUAAGGUUACUCUUCUCAAACCAAACCCUUGGCCUUUCAGUGAUGGUGUUCAUUUCUUUGAUACUUCUAGCGACGGUUGUACUAACCUAGACGCCAAGGAGAGUUGUAAGAGUAAGCCGUUAGAUUCCCAGACCAAUUCUGACAACCUCGCCAUUGUUGCAUAUGGUGACAAUGUGAACCCUGGCAAUGAUAAGCAGAAUGGUCUUGCUGUGGUUCCUGGUUGUAAGGAUUUAAAUCAUACUGGAGGGAGCUGUGAUCUGUUGGUUCCUGGUGUUCUUAUUAAAGAAGAAGUAUCUGAUUUGAAGGUUAGGUUUAUAGGGGACGGACUGAUUGCUGCAAGGUUCCGCAACAAGGAUGAGGUUUCAGAUGAGAUUGCUAGAAUAUGGUGUGAAUGGUUGGGGAAAAAGGGCAAUGAAAGCAAAGCCGUGGAACAUGAUUUCUCUGUUAUUACUUUCUCUUACAACUACAGUUUGGCGAGAAAGGGAUUGCUUGAUGAUGUCAAGUUGCUUCUCACGGCGCCUCCAGUGGCAGGUGAAGUCACUGUUAGGAAAAGAAAGAAAUCCUUCUCUGAUCCAGAAGAUGUUAGUGAGUCUCUGAGCCAGAGUAACCAAUAUGAUUCAUCCGGGGAGGAGUCUUCUACUUCAAAUGGUGCCUCACCUAAAUUGCUCUCAGACCGAGAUGACUCGUUGCUGCAAUCUAGGUUUCUGUCAAGCAAGACUGUAAGGCGUGAAAUGAGAAAGCAGCAGCGUUUAGCAGCUGAAAGAUUGUGCGACAUAUGUCAGCAGAAGAUGCUCCCUGAUAAAGAUGUCGCAACGCUUUUUAAUACGAAGACAGGAAAACUUGCUUGCAACAGCAGAAAUACGACCGGGGCAUUCCAUGUGUUCCACUCUUCCUGCCUCAUUCUUUGGAUAUUGUUGUGUGAACAUGAAAUGCUCACUAACAAGCCAGACGGUUCAAAACCGAGACGGAAAUCUAGGAGGAAGAACAUUGGCAAACAAAAUGGAAGGGGAAAACUUGCAGAUGUGAACAUUCAGAAGGCCCAAAUUAGGUCUGUGUUCUGCCCAGAGUGCCAAGGAACUGGUGUGGAAGUUGAAGGAGAUGAGCUUGAGAAACCAGCUUUCCCCCUUUCAGAGAUGUUCAAAUACAAGAUGAAAGUGAGUGACGGACGUCGAGCAUGGAUGAAAAGCCCAGAAGAUCUGGAGAACUGUUCUAUGGGGUUUCACUUUCCUUCCCCGUCUGAAGAAACUUUGCAGGAGGAGGUUUUAGCGCUGAAAUCACUGCACUUCUACCGAUCAGAUGGAUAGAGAGGGAGCGUACAUAACAACACUAGUAUGCCAGUGACAAGAUGGUGGAUGGCGGACCUUUGAAUUGACUCUUUUAAGUUUCAGGGUUUGAUGUAAAUUUCCCUGUUGUCGCUUUGACUGGAAGUCUGUAAAAUGUUGUAGAGGUGACUUGUGAUGAACUCUUAUUCACAGAGACUAUAUAGACAAGUUGGACUUAUUUUGUGCGAGGAAAUAGGGUGCGCAAUCGGGAACUGGGUAAGGUAAGGGAAUGUGAAUGUGGUAGAUUGAUUGACACUGUCCUUACUGUAAUCAAAAUUUCUCUUUCGGUCUUGGAAUUUCUGUAUUCUGUUGUCCCCAAAUAAUUUUGUAUUGGUGACUUGUAUUAGCUAACUAAUCCGCAACAUGGUCAUAAUAGAUAUGAACUAUUGGUUUGAUG